UUGGCCACAUGCAGAGUAAUGUGACCAAUCGAAUCAUCCUCGGCAGAGAGCCGGAGCUGCAGAUCGGAAGAGCAGAGCGUUGGGCUCAGUCCGGCUCCCACGCCGAAGAGUUCCUGGGGUGACACUUUCUUUUUCUUCCUUUACCUCGGGAAUACCUCGGGAUUUACCCCCCAUCUUCUCAACCCACGGAUUUGGUGGUUUUCCCGCCCCUGGCCUCGCCUCUUGCCCGCCCUCGGAUCAGCGCUCGGGUGAAAAGGGCACCAUCAGACGGGUGAUCGCUGGCCCUGGUGCUAUACUACGAUACCUUCAUCCUGACCUGCCCACUCGCCUGCCCUCAACCCCUCACUUCCCUGUAACCAUGACGACCAAAACAACCAAUGACCUGGACGGGAACAAGGUCUCCUCCUCCCCUCUCCUGUUGUCCACAUCAUCCCCGUCCUACCUGUCUUGCCAGCGCCUAGUGACCAAGGAUGGUCACUGCGCCCUGCGCUCCUCCGCUCCCUCUCCUGGCCUGUGGCCCUCCUGGGCCUCGGCCUCUGCCUGGCUGCUAGCCCUACAGGACCUGUGGGGGGCAGUGGUGUGCCUGCGCUGGCGCUGGGUCCUCUUGGCCUUUUGCACCUCCUUUGUGGCACACUGGCUGCUGUUCGCCUGCCUGUGGUACCUACUGGCCCACCUCAAUGGAGACCUGGCGGUGGAGGACCACGACGCUCCUCCAGAGGGACACGUAGUGUGUGUCAAAUACAUCACCAGCUUCACCGCAGCCUUCUCCUUCUCCCUGGAGACACAGCUGACCAUUGGGUACGGCACCAUGUUCCCCAGUGGGGACUGUCCCAGCGCUAUAGCCCUGCUGGCAGUUCAGAUGCUGCUGGGGCUCAUGCUGGAAGCUUUCAUCACAGGUGCAUUUGUGGCUAAGAUCGCCCGUCCCCAGAAGCGUGCGGGGGCCAUCCAGUUCAGCCCCCAGGCGGUGGUGGGUCAGCACCAGGGCCAGCCCUGCCUCAUGUUCCGGGCCACCAACCUUCUGCGCCGCCCCCUGGUGGACGUGGAGGUCAGUGCCGUGCUGUACGAACAGAGAGACGACCAGGUCCUGCACCAGACCAACCUGGACUUCCAGCUGGACCGGCUGGGCCCGCGCCCCUGCCCCUUCUUCAUCUUCCCCCUCACCUUCUACCACAUCCUGGACCGCCACAGCCCCCUUUACCCGGCCCUGCGUGAGGGCAGCGCCAGCCAUUUUGAGCUAGUGGUGUUUCUCUCCGCCUCCCAGGAGGGCACGGGCGACGCCUGCCAGAAGAGGACGUCCUACCUGCGCCAGGAGAUCCAGUUUGAGCGGCGCUUUGUGCCCGCUAUGGGGUUGGACAAGCAAGGCAGGUACCAGGUGAGCAGUCAGCACUUUGGCAUUGCCCACUGCAAUGAGCCUCUGGACAAGGAGUGUGUGGUGCAAAUCAACGGGGAUGGGAGUGACAGGAUGGAGUAAGGGUGGGGAAGGAGGAGGGUGGAAGGGAAGGAUGGGCAGGAAGAAAGGGAGAACGAGGAAUGGGAGAAGGGGAAGAGGGUAAUAGGUGAGAGGAGUAAGGGACAGAGAGCAACGUGGGAUGGGUGGGUUCCAGGGUUUAGAAUAUCUAUAUAUAUAGUACCAGUCAAAAGGUUGGACACACCUACUCGUUCAAGGGUUUUUCUUUAUUUGUACUAUUUUCUACAUUGUAGAAUAAUAGUGAAGAUAUCAAAACUAUGAAAUAACACAUAUGGAAUCAAGUUGUAAUCAAAAAACUUAACAAAAUCAAAAUGUAUUUUAUAUUUGAGAUUCUUCAAAGUAGCCACCCUUUGCCUUGAUGACAGCUUUGAACAGUCUUGGCAAAGAGAAAUUACAGUCCAUCAUUACUUUAAGACAUGAAGGUCAGUCAAUUCUGAAAAUGUCAAGAACUGUGAAAGUUUCUUCAAGUGCAGUCGCAAAAACCAUCAAGCGC